AUGCACUCCACUCUUGACCAUCCGGUUGAGGAAUCUGCCCCUGACCCUUUUGAGGAGCAAGUGCAAGUUGCUCAAGGCUUCCAGAGACGGAGCGAUCCGUACUCGAACACAUACAAUCCUGGGUGGCAUAAUAACCCUAAUUUUUCAUGGAAGCCACAACAACCUCAGAAUGUCCCUAAUAGUAUGCCAUACAGGAACAAUCCUUCUAAUCAGCAAGGCAAUUAUAGGGAGCAACCUUCAAUCCAACCACCCAUCCAACCUAGGUUCCCACCUCUCGUUCAGCAGCCUACUCCAGUGUCUAGUUCACUAGAAUCAAUGAUGGCUCAAAUGCUCCAAACUAUGCAGGAACAAAAAUCCGACAUGAAUGCUAGUAAGCUAGAGACCCAGAUUGGUCAAAUAGCCGAAGCAGUCAAUAGGUGUGAACAAGGCCAAUUGCCUAGUCAAGUCAUUGGUAACCCUAGUGGUUCUUCUCAGCAGAGAGGGUUUUCCGAACAAGCUAAGGCCGUGAUGACUCUUCGGAGUGGCCGAGAGCUAAUUAGGCCUGAGAGGGAAGUAAAAGUUCAGGGUAUAGAAGAGGCAAGUCUAGGUAGGGACCAAGCCAAAGAGAGUGAGAGUGAGCCUCUUGUUGAGUUUAGUGUUCAGAGACCGGGUAAGGAAAAAGUUUGGGAGAAUGAACCAUCCCCUGCAUCGUACAUACCGAGAGCACCCUUUCCUCAGUGCUUAGAGCCCCCAAAUGUCCCCACUACUAGGAAAAGCGCUAGGAUGGAUGAAAUGAUUGAGUUGUUUAAGCAGUUUAACUUAGGUGAGCUCAAAUCAACUGAAGUCAUACUACAGUUAGCUGACCGAUCGGUCAAAUUGCCUAAGGGUCUAAUUGAGGACGUAUAUGGAGAGAUGGAAGUGUCUUUUGGGAAUAGGAAAUUGAGACUUAAUGUGUUUAAUGCUGGGUUAGGACCAAUGCGUGAGGACGAUAACGAGUGUUUCAUGGUUGAUGCUAUUGAUAGUCUAAUGGAGGCUCACGCCCCACAGAUGUUAUGUGAUGAUGCAAUUUACACUCUUAUGAAUCUAUUUGUUAAGGAGAUAUCUAGCUUGAGUGUCGUGUCUGAGAUUCAGGAGUUUAACUUAGGUGAGCUCAAAUCAACUGAAGUCAUACUACAGUUAGCUGACCGAUCGGUCAAAUUGCCUAAGGGUCUAAUUGAGGACGUGUUAGUCAAGGUUGAGGAACUAUAUUUUUCGGUGGAUUUUCUUGUCUUAGACAUGGAGUAUACGAGCAGUGGAAGUAUGCCACCGAUUAUUUUAGGGAGACCUUUUCCAGCAACGGAAAAUGCUUGCAUUAACUGUAGAUAUGGAGAGAUGGAAGUGUCUUUUGGGAAUAGGAAAUUGAGACUUAAUGUGUUUAAUGCUGGGUUAGGACCAAUGCGUGAGGACGAUAACGAGUGUUUCAUGGUUGAUGCUAUUGAUAGUCUAAUGGAGGCUCACGCCCCACAGAUGUUAUGUGAUGAUGCAAUUUACACUCUUAUGAAUCUAUUUGUUUAG